GGUAGGUGACGGUUGAGAUUUCGCUGCCAAGCUGGGAACCGGGGAGAUGGCCGAGAAUGAUCCCAAGACCGUGCAGGAUCUCACCUCGGUGGUGCAGACACUCCUGCAACAGAUGCAAGAUAAAUUUCAGAGCAUGUCCGACCAGAUCAUUGGAAGAAUUAACGACAUGAGCAGUCGCAUUGACGACCUGGAGAAAAACAUUGCACACCUCAUGACGCAGGCUGGGGUGGAAGAGCUGGUGGGUGAAAACAAGAUCCCUGCCGCACCAAAGAGUUGAAGCAGG